UGUAUCUCUGGAGUAGGUUUAUUUUGGUUUACCCUGUUCCCGUGCUGCCGCCAUUAGACAAAUCGGCACUGGAAAUGGGAAUUAGUACUUCAUAAGUUCCCAGAAAGCUCACUAAAAAAACCGGGGUUCGCGGAUAACAGGAUCGUUGCGGUGAAAAAGAGCACCCUGGCAGGCUGAGUGGCCUUUGGUCAGGCGUGAGCCAGCGGAGGGUGGGAGGGACGGGGACAUUUCGAAGUUCUGUUCGAGCGAGGAUGACUGAUUUCCAGCCAAAGUGGUGCUGCGAGUAUUGCACAUACGAGAACUGGCCAUCCGCCAUCAAGUGCACUAUGUGUCGCGCCCAACGACUUACCGGCCCCAUCAUCACCGAGGAGCCGUUUAAGAGCAGCCCAAGUCUCAACUCGCACCUGUGCUCCACUCAGGAGGGCUCCAGUGUUCUCAUCUGCCCUGAUUCUAGUGCCCGACCCAGAGUACGUGUGACCGAUGAGGCGCCAGAGAUCCCCAGCAAAUGGUCGUGCCACAUGUGCACCUAUCUGAACUGGCCGCGUGCCAUCCGCUGCACUCAGUGCCUCAGCCAGAGGCAGCAAGGGCCUCAGCAGGGGCCUCACAGGCCCUCAGAUGGCCCGCACACCUCUGAACCAGGCUGUCGACUUCCUGCACCAACAGCCCCUGACCCCUGUGAGGAAUACAACGACCGUAAUCGCCUGAACACGCGUGUACAGCACUGGGCUUGCUCAGCCUGCACCUAUGAAAAUUGGCCCAAGACCCUAAGGUGUGUAGUGUGUGACCACCCUAAGCCGAGUGAUGCCGUGCUGCAGGAGCCACAGCCCGAGAGUACCAUGGCCCUGUCUAUAGUGAACGAGCAGGAGCGGACAUCGGGGGGAGGGGGUGUGGGGGGCAGUAAAACGGCUCAGAGGAGGCUUUCGCCACCUGUGCCUGCUGGCCAGGCUGAAGUGCAGAUUGAGCUGGCGUCUGGGGCUAUGGGAGCCCAAGAAGAGCAUGAGACAGACUUUAAGAAACUCAAGCAGAUCAGGAACAGGAUGCGGAGGAGUGACUGGCUCUUUCUCAAUGCAUGCGCAGGCGUGGUGGAGGGUGAUUUGGCUGCAGUCGAAGCCUAUAAGUCAUCAGGUGGUGACAUCGCGCGUCAGCUGACCUCAGACGAGGUCCGCCUGCUGAAUCGUCCAUCUGCUUUUAACGCUGGCUUCACUCUGGUGCACCUCGCCAUCCGCUUUCAGCGCCAGGACAUGCUCUCUGUGCUCCUCACUGAGGUGUCUCAGCAGGCAGCUAAGUGUAUUCCAGCUAUGGUAUGUCCUGAAUUAACAGAGCAGAUUCGUCGGGAGGUGGCUGCCGCACUACACAGGCGUAAAGGAGAGUUUCCCUGUUACUUCUUCACUGAUAUCACUACCUUUACUCUUCCAGCUGAUAUUGAAGACCUGCCUCCUAAUGUCCAAGAGAAGCUGUUUGAUGAGGUGUUGGAUCGAGAUGUACAGAAAGAGCUCGAAGAGGAAUCUCCGAUCAUAAACUGGUCUUUGGAGCUAGGCACACGACUGGACAGCCGGUUGUACGCGCUUUGGAAUCGCACUGCAGGAGACUGCCUUCUGGACUCAGUGUUGCAGGCCACAUGGGGCAUCUACGACAAAGAUUCUGUACUGAGAAAGAGCCUGCAUGACAGCUUACAUGACUGCUCUCACUGGUUUUACACCCGCUGGAAGGAGUGGGAAUCGUGGUAUUCUCAGAGUUUUGGCUUACACUUCUCUCUGAGAGAAGAACAGUGGCAGGAAGACUGGGCGUUUAUUUUAUCACUGGCCAGUCAGCCGGGGGCAAGUUUAGAGCAGACUCACGUGUUUGUGCUGGCCCAUAUCCUCCGCCGGCCCAUCAUCGUGUAUGGCGUGAAAUAUUACAAGAGCUUCCGAGGGGAGACGUUGGGAUACACCCGCUUCCAGGGUGUGUAUCUACCCCUGUUGUGGGAGCCGAGUUUUUGCUGGAAGAGCCCCAUAGCACUGGGUUACACACGAGGCCACUUCUCAGCCCUGGUCGCCAUGGAGAACGACGGCUAUGACAACCGUGGUGCAGGUGCUAACCUCAACACGGACGAUGAUGUCACAGUCACUUUUCUGCCUUUGGUGGACAGCGACAGGAAGCUGCUGCAUGUCCACUUCCUGUCUGCACAAGAGAUGGGAACAGAGGAUCAGCAGGAGCGUCUGCUGAGGCAGUGGCUGGACUGUUGCGUGACGGAGGGUGGAGUCCUGGUGGCGUUGCAGAAGAGUUCGAGGAGGCGGAGCCAUCCUCUCGUCACACAGAUGGUGGAGAAGUGGUUGGAUGGCUACCGGCAGCUGGGCACCUGUCCUGCCCUCUCAGAUGGUGAGGAGGAAGAGGAGGACGAAGAUGAGUGAGCAGGAGACGCUUCUCUUUAUUCAGAGACUUGGUGCACCUUUACCCCUCCUUGCGGAUAACACACAUGUACACUAAUGUACCAUUUAUUUAUCCUUAUCAUAUGUACACACACCCACACCCCAUUCUUACUCUUCAGCAAGCAAGUGGUCUGUUCUCAUCUUUCAUGCAAAAAAAAAACAAAAAGGAAAAAGAUUUUGGCCCAUGUGAAAUAAAAAAACUUAGGUUACAAAUGGUACAUGCCUUACAGAGUAUACCCUUUGUUUUAUUCAAGUUAUUAAUUCUAGAUUUGCUUUUGGAAGCAAGAAUUGAAGAAAUAAGAUUUUUCAAUAGUCAUGCUAAGGGCACUUAAGCACACCUUUUUUUAUUAUUAUUAUUUCCUUCAGCUCAUUUUAAAUUUUAGUUGUUGGUAAAAACCUUUCAUAUAAUUUGAGAUCAUCCUUUUGUCACAAUCCACUGACAUAUUUAUUUACCUGUAUGAUAGUUUGUGAGCUACAGAAAUGAAUACAUACCACUGUAUGAUAAACGUUUUGACCUCUUGUGCAUGAGGAAUUUGACUGCAAACUUGAUACAAAUGUCUGUGGGUAGUCGGCACUCUGUUCAUGCUCACAAAACAGAGCUAGCCUUUCCAAAUGGAUCAUUCUUUUAAGUUGGUUGUUAAUGCUGAAUGUUAUACUACAUGUACAUGAAGUCAUGUUUCUACAUACUGUAACACUUGGGUGUCUGGUCACAUCUGUUUGCAGUUUAUUAGGUGUUCUGAUUUUUUUUUUUUCUGCUAAUAUUCUCUGGAUGUGCUUGUUAAUAUUACAUUCAUUCAAAGACUUGACUGAAACCAAAGUGAACAUUGGUCUGUGGUCUUGCAGUGAUCAGGUUUGUUUGUUUUGAUGUCUUCACCCCUUCUUGUGGCUCUUAUGUUCAAUCUAGUACCUCACCUAGGUUUAAAGGACACCCUCAAGUUCUCAUUUUCUGUUAUUAUACAAUUAUGUCAUAUCAUUGGCAUAUAUUGUAUGUCUCUGAUGUGUGAUAAGGUGGAGACCAAAUCAUUGAAGGAUUAUAAGCUGAAUGUCUAACAAGUAAAGCUUCUUUAAAACCG